GUCUGGUUAUGGGACCCUUUGUACGCUGUAUACAGCUGCGGCCUGCCAGCUUCAAACUUGCGUAACGAGCGAGUCAUCGGCUACCUUCACUAGGCAGUUACUUGCGAGCAAGACCUCCUACGUGAUACUAGGCAAAAAUAACAUAUAGCACUUUAGAACCGCCGUGUGCUUACCAUGCAGCUUCGCGGAUACGUUGAUACUGCUCCAUCGCAUGCGACACGGCAUGCGACACGGCCGAGAGUAUGCACACUGCGUCAUAGGUCGGCAGCUGGGAGAGCAACAACGAUCUCAGUCCUGGCGCAGCAACAGCAAGAUCCGCAACCGUUAACCCAAACCUCUUCGCAACUUCGAUCCGGACCCACGGGUCUCAAUGUGGGCCAGCACCGGCCAACCUCACCGGCUGGCUGGGCGGAGAUGGCUGCGGCGCUGCGACAAGCCAAUGUCCGAAUGGUGGCUCCCCAGGAGCUGUCCUGGCUUUCAGAGAAGGGUGCCGUACUGCUAGACAUCCGCCCUGCUGAAAACUAUCAAGAGGGCCACCUUCCCGGGGCAGUCAACGUGCCCUUCUACCAGCCCAUCCAAGGCUGGACUCCCUGGCAGGUAGCUCGCCGCAUGGGGUAUGCCCUGUUUGGCAUCGCCCACGGAACCGAAGUGAACCCCAACUUCAUGGCAGAUGUUUCAAAGCUAGUAGCGGACCCCGCCAGCACGCCUGUCGUGCUGUACUGCAGUCUCGGAGGGUCCUUGGAGCCAACCAACAACGACAAGAACGGACAGCAGACGCGUUCCAUGGUGGCGGCUUACGGACUUACCCAAGCCGGAUUCAAAGCCCUCCACAUCCUUAAGGGUGGCUAUUUCGACUGGAUCGCAAACGACAGGGAAAUUGAGAUCUUCGAGUGAGCUUUGGUCGUCAACGGAGGCGGCUGCUGGCUUGAUCAGUGCCUAAAUAAGUCCAUGUGAGCUGCGGGCCAAGUGGUGCUGGCAAGCUAACCCGCCGACGCGCGCCAACGAAUAGUGGUAUUUAAUUAUUAACAGAGGUGGGCUGGGUGUUGAAGCAUGGACUGUAAGCUUCAGAAGGGGGUACUGAUGCCAGUGAGCAGGGUGAUGUUGCCGUAGGUUGUGCGCCACGGGAGAUGUCAGUGACUGUGCUGCGGAUAUAUAUGCGGCUGAACGAAUGUCGCUAAUGGUCAGAAUGCGGCUGUUCCUUUAAUGGAUGUUAGGCAUCCAUGCUAGGCACCAUCAGAUUAGACCCAAUAGGUGUUCAAGGAGGGGCUGUAAACGCAACGGUAACUGC